AUGGGCACAGAUGUUAAAACAACACUUAUACUAAAUUCCACAUUUGUUCGACCUGCAGCAUUCUACAUCAGUGGAUUUACUGAUAUUCCUCAUAUUAACUAUUUUUAUGUGUUUCUGUGUUUUGUUUACAUUGUGACGGUUCUUGGGAAUGGCUUCCUUAUGGCAGUCAUUUGCUUAAUGAAAACACUUCAUACUCCUAAAUACAUAAUUGUGUUCAACCUGGCUUUGACAGACCUGUGUGGCAGCACAGCGCUCAUCCCAAAGCUCCUGGACACCUUUUUGUUUGGUAACAGAUACAUUGUCUAUGAGGCCUGUUUAAGUUACAUGUUCUUUGUUUUACUCUUUCUAGGUAUGCAGUCUUACAUUCUUCUCACGAUGGCUUUUGACAGAUUUGUAGCCAUUUGUUUCCCUUUAAGGUAUCAUGCUAUUGUGACUAAAAAAUCAGUUGGUGCAAUGCUGCUGUUUUCUUGGUUGUAUGUUGCAGUCACAUCUGGAACAGGUGUAAAGCUGAUUGAUCGUCUUUCCUUCUGUGAAUCUUUGGUGUUGAAAAGCUUUUUCUGUGAUCAUGGACCAAUAAUUUAUCUGGCCUGCAAUGAUACAUCUUUAAACAAAAUGAUGGGAUUUAUUGCCCUGAUUGGAGUUGUAUGCAUUCCUUUUGUUCUUAUAGGCGUCACUUAUGUUUGCAUCUCAGUUGCUUUGAUCAGGAUCGCAUCAGGACAGGAACGCUUCAGAGCACUGAAAACUUGCACCUCUCACCUGAUCCUUGUGGCGAUAUUUUUUCUGCCUCUUUUCGGCACAAACAUGGCUGCACUGACCUCUACCAUUCAUCCUAAUGCCAGGAUCAUAAACUCCACUCUGACACACACCAUACCUCCUUUGCUUGAUCCUCUCAUAUAUGCUCUUAAGACAGAGGAAGUGUUGACAGCUAUCAAGACGCUUUUCAAAAGAGCACGGCUGAACCUGACGCCUUUCAGGAGGAAUUCAGUCAUCUCUUCCAAUAAUAGUCAUAUCCAUUAUAUCCAUUAUGCUUUCCUCACACCUGCCACUGAGGAAUGCACAGUAGUUCAGGCCAUCAGCUCAGCUUUUGUGCCUGCAGCAAGUAAACCUGACACUGUGGGAUAA